GGAGAGAUGAGGGAAAAUUUCCCUUUCUUUAUGCAUUAUAUGUGGGAAAAUAUGUAAGACACUUACAUAGUCAGUCAGCCUCAAUUUUUUAUCAAUACACACACACACACAUACUCGUAAUGUUGCUUAGUGUCUUUUAGGGAAAACAGGUAACAAUGACAAUAACGUUUGCAGUUCUAUAAAAUAAUUAGCGAUAGCAGAACUGCACAAUAACCUGCAGAUAAACGCUUGAAAACGAUAAAUCAGAAACGUUUACACCAAGAUUAUCAAUACUGAUCAUUAAGCCACUCCCGGAGAAAGAAAAUGAGAGAACAAAAGAACAAAUCCCUGUCAACCUCAUCGUCAACAUCAUCUGAAAAGUUGUCCAGCGGUGGAUCCAGAUCAGGUUAUCGUCUACUGAAUAUCCCUUGUGGUGUUUGUGGGGAUCGUUCUACGGGGAAACAUUAUGGAGUAUACAGCUGUGAUGGAUGUUCUGGCUUCUUUAAAAGAAGUAUACACAAGAAUCGAACAUACACAUGUAAAGCAAGUGGAAAUUUAAAAGGUCAAUGUACAAUUGAUCGUAAUCGUCGUAAUCAUUGUCGGGCAUGUCGAUUGAAUAAAUGUUUUAUGGCACAAAUGAAUGAAGAAAGUGUACAACACGAACGUGGACCACGAAAAUCAACUAACGCAGCUAAGCGAUAUUCUUCAAUAGAAUCUACUGGUAAACGAAACGAUGAAUACCCAUUAAAUCUUUCUAUUAGUCAGAGGAGAAAUUCAAAAAUUACCAACAACACUAACAACAACAACAACAGUCGAAAACCUCGAGGAUGUUAUGAAAGACACGAAAACGCUGACUAUUAUCAUUAUCAUUCAAAAAACCUCCUGACUAAUUUACCAGUCUAUAUGGAUGAUUCUGUUCAAUGUUCAAUUUCAGAACAGUUUAAACCUUUGAAUCCAUUGAUGAACGCCAUGAAUUUGUCUGGACACUUUUCACAACAGUUUGCCUACAAACAUUUAGAAAAUAUAAUCGAUAAUCUUUACACUUCACUAAGAAAUGAACAAAAUUCAGUGACUACGUUGCAGUGUAAGUCGAAUAUGUCUACGGAUCCAGAUGAUGACUUACAAGGUAAAGCUGAAGAUCUUACAGUUGUUUCAAAGAAAAGGGAUGAAUUUUGUAAGCGUGAUCAUGACCCAGAAUAUGAUAAUCGCAAUCAAAUUAUGAAUCCCCCAGUAAAUCAAUGGAGUGCAGAUUAUCUAACGAUAUGCAAUUCACAUGAAGCUCUAUCGAAAAUAAUGAACAAUUCACUGUGGACGGAUAAAUGGAACACUUCAUCCUGUACCCAUAUGUAUGAAAUCCCUAAUACAUCACUAUCAUCAGAGCCCUUCAAAUAUACAAAUAAUGAUCAGAAUUCAAUUGGCAAAAAUGAUGCCGAUGAGACUUCAAGGAAUCACCUCAUAAAUUGGUCAAAUUUUACAAAAAUGAAUGAAUGGAGCAGAACAGAAAUUGGGAUACGCAUUCUAAUGAAUAUGAUAAGUUGGAUAGUCGACAGUUAUUCAUUUCAAACAAGUAUUAAAAGUAACCAGGCUGCUGAUUUAAUGGACACUAAUUGGAUCUACAUAUUUUAUAUUCAUGUGAUCGAGUAUUCUCAUCAACAAAAAUUCUGCAAUAAGAAUAUUAAUAAUAAUAAUAACAGAUAUGGGAUUGAAAAUCUAUUGCUGUCAAGAAAUACUACAUCAAUAUCAAAUACUUCCACUAUUAAUAAUUUCCCAGCUUCACCAGCAAUGAGAUAUCUGAUAACUAAUCAUGAUUCCCUUGAUAUUGUCAGCUCAUUUAUACGAUAUUUAAACGACUUUAAUUUAACCGCAGAAGAAUGUGAAUAUGUAAAAGUUAAAAUAUUUAAUGUGAACAAACUAGGGUGCAGUAGAAAAAGAACAUCCGAUUGCGUAAUACCAAAUUCCGGAUUAAGGUAUGAAGUGAUGAACAGUCUCUGUGAACAACUAACAAGUUUCGAUGGAAAUUGGUUGAAACAUCUUUGUAUGCAAACAUUUUUCACAGCAAUAAUCAAUAGUAAUAAUAAUAAUAAUGACAGCUUACUACUCUUAGAUUACAUUGUACAAAAUUUAUUCAGUGUAAUUGCUUUCACGUAUCAGAGUGCAUAG